GGAAAAACACCAACGACGAAGACGACGCAAGAGGAAAGAGCAGCUAGCGAUCUUGGAGCAACUUCUGUGACAAGUCCUCCUCCUCCUCCUCCUCCGUCGUCGUCGCUGUCAUGGCUUUCCUGUGCAAAAGUGCAGCUUCUCUCCUGAAGCCCUGCAGAGCAGCUCCGGCCGUCCUGUCCGCUGCUCGUCUCUACAGCUCAGGUGGUCAGUAUGAGUAUAUUUUGGUGGAAAAGCGCGGUGAGAAUAGUAACGUGGGUUUCAUCCAGCUGAACCGACCCAAGGCUCUUAACGCUCUGUGUGACGGGCUGAUGAGGGAGGUGGGACAGGCCCUGGAUGCCUUCGAGGUCGACAGCGGCGUCGGAGCUAUCGUCAUCACCGGCAGUGAGAGAGCCUUUGCUGCGGGAGCCGACAUUAAAGAGAUGCAGAAUCGAACCUUCCAGGAGUGCUACGGUGGGAACUUCCUGGCUCACUGGAACAGAGUGUCCACGGUGAAGAAGCCCGUGAUUGCAGCUGUCAAUGGAUUUGCUCUGGGUGGAGGAUGUGAGCUGGCCAUGAUGUGCGACAUCAUCUAUGCCGGAGAAAAGGCGCAGUUCGGCCAGCCAGAGAUCCUGUUAGGGACCAUUCCUGGGGCGGGAGGCACCCAGCGGCUGACCCGCGCAGUUGGCAAAUCCCUGGCAAUGGAGAUGGUACUCACAGGAGACAGAAUUAAUGCGCAAGAAGCCAAGCAAUCAGGUUUGGUGAGUAAAGUCUGUCCUGUGGACCAGUUGGUGACCGAAGCGGUUAAAUGUGGGGAGAAAAUUGCUUCCAACUCCAAAUUGGUCUCUGCUAUGGCCAAAGAGGCUGUUAAUGCAGCUUAUGAACUGACUUUGGCUGAGGGUAACCGUUUGGAAAAGCGUUUAUUCCACGCUACCUUUGCCACGGAUGACCGUAAAGAGGGCAUGACAGCAUUUGUGGAGAAGAGAAAGGCCAGUUUCCAGGACAAGUAGAAAAAAGCAAAACAAGAGCUUGGCCAAGAUCACAGAGUUUCCUGAUAUAAGUGGGUCAAUUCCUAAUCUGAUGCAAAAAUCCUGAUUGUAGUGGAACAUACAAGUGUUUAAAUUGGGAUUUGGCCCUGAGUGAGUGCACGGGAGUGUCUUAUCACAGGGAACCCCCUACUGCUUGGACUCAAAAUCAGAUGACACCUGUGGGUGCAGGAGUGCAGGGGGUUUGUAUGUGAAUAACAUUUGAUAACCGUUAUAGUCAGUGUGUAAUAGCAGGAAUCAGUCUUGAUGAUCAGUACUGACUUUGCCUUUUUUUCAUUUUCACUGUCAAAAUGUUCUGUCUGCAUUUUGCAGGUAAAUUGUUUCUCUGUACAUUUUACAAAUAAAGCUCCAGAGUGGUUUUCAGUGCUACAACUGAGAAAUGGGA